GUGCGCUCGUUACGCAAUGUUGUUUCAGAGGUUGUGUACAUUUGUCGGACUGCACGUCUGAAGAACACACUGUGACUGCAAAUUCCGGCAGUUUAUCAGUUUACAGGCUUUAGUCUGAGAGAAGAAUCUCUAAAGUCUGUCAUCAUGAGCUCCUGACAUCUGUCUGUUCGUUCAUCGUCAUGAGUGGUGCUGCUCUUGCUGUCGUGGUCGUAGUUGUCUUCUUCUUGGCCCUCUACCUCCUCCAGCGUUAUGGAGAUUUGCGGAAGCAGCAGCGGAUGGUCCUGUUCGGGACGCUGCUCUCCUGGUUCCUCUGCUUCCUCAUCAUCUUCAUCCUGCCACUCGAUGUCAGCACGACCAUCUACAAGCAGUGUGUUCUUGACAAUUCAAACCACCCUACUCCUGUAACUCAAGCAAGACGCACUCAUCAGACCGCAGCCAGCCCAUCUCUUUAUCCAUCUGUGAGUGUACCAAAGGUGUGUGAGGAGCCCUGGAGUUAUAUCCCAGAUGGCGUCCUACCAGUUUUUUGGAGAGUUGUAUACUGGACUUCUCAGUUUCUUACUUGGCUGCUGUUGCCCUUCAUGCAGUCUUAUGCACGGUCGGGAGCUUUCUCCAGAGUUGGAAAGAUUAAAACGGCUCUCAUUGAAAACGCCAUCUAUUAUGGAACUUACCUCCUUAUCUUCAUCUCUCUGCUCAUCUACGUGGCUGCUCACCCACAGUGGAAACUCACAUGGACGGAUCUCCAGACCAUCUGUAUAACAGCUGCCAACACCUGGGGCCUCUUCCUUCUGGUUCUGUUGCUAGGCUACGGUCUGGUGGAGAUCCCUCGUUCUUAUUGGCUCUCAUCUUCCCAUGGUUACCUGCUGGCCAAGACCUAUUUUAAAGCAGCAAAAAUGGCUACUGAGAAGGCAGCAGCCGAGGAGAACCUAGCAGAUGUUAUGGAGGAGGUGGCAGCUGUCCAUGAAUCUGUCAGGUACAACCACUCUCUCAGGAAGUGUGUGGACACCAUUUUGACAAAGUGUCCCACUGAGUACCAAGAGGAGAUGGGAAGAAAUGGGGAAAGCUCUUUUGAGGCGCAGAAUGUCCUUCCCACCAAAAGAGGACUAGUUAAGCUUCAUAAAAAAGUCAUUUCUGCAGUGCAGAGACACGGUCAGACACAGGUUCAGUGGUCCAUCUUGUUAGACCAGGCUUUUCACCUGGAAGAUGUAGCUAAAAGUCGGAGCAGCCCGGUACGACACUUUGUCCACAGCUUCCCCUCAGCGCACCACCACGGCUGGAUCUGUAGGUUCAUCUACACUCCUACUGUGGAGUGGUUCUGGGAGUGUGUGUUCAGGCAGGGUUCCUACAGGCUGCUGGCCGUGCUCCUGGGUCUCCUCUCUGCAGCAGUGGUCUGGUCUGAGUGCACCUUCUUCAGCACACACCCUGUCCUCUCUCUCUUCGCUGUCUUUAUUCGGAUGGCUGAAAAACAAUACAACUACGUUUGUAUUGAGAUGGCGUGCUUUAUCAGUAUCCUCUUCCUGUGUGUGUGCGUCUACUCCACAGUGUUCAGGAUACGAGUUUUCAACUACUAUCACCUGGUGCCACAUCACCAGACGGAUGCUUACAGCCUGCAGUUCAGCAGCAUGUUAUUUUGUCGCCUGACUCCUCCUUUGUGCCUCAACUUCCUGGGCCUGAUUCACAUGGACUCCGCCAUCUCGCACCAGGACAGAAUUCAGACAUCCUACACUUCUAUCAUGGGCUCUAUGCAUCUUCUAUCUUUCAUAUCUGAUGGGUUCUACAUCUAUUAUCCCAUGAUGGUUUUGCUGCUUUGCUUUGCCACCUUUUACAACCUGGGCUCUCGCUGUUUGAACCUCCUGGGCUUCCAUCAGUACAUCACUGACGAUGACUUGACCUCUGACCUGGUGGAUGAAGGCAGGGAACUCAUCAGAAGAGAAAGAAGGAAAAGACAGAAAGCUGCAGAUGGAGAAAAUCGGAGAUGGGCCUGGAGGGAGCGGUAUGGAAUCCAUGGGACCGCUGGACGGAGCCGAGCUGAUUACACUGAGUUAAAGGAUGACAGUCCUGUAACAGAGAUCAAGAAAAGUGUUAUCACGUUCACCAGAAGAGAUGGAGAGACAGACGAGCAGCAGACUGGUUUACUGCAAGACAACUCCAGUGAUGAAGGCUCUCCGAACAGAAGCAGAUCUACAGGAGGACGUUACCUGUCUCUGUCACCUUCUAGCACGGGCAUCUUUGGAGAUGUUUGAUUGACCGAGGACAUGGAAGGAAAGCAUAAAUAAUAACAUAAAGGACUGUACGUUUUCUUGAAAAAAGUCUAAACGCAAAGGAUUAUACCUCAGGAAUUAAAGAGGAUGACAAUGUAUCUGAGACGUGCAUAUUAUCAGGUAAUGGAUGAACAUGAACACUGUAAAUAAAGGUUUUAUAUCUCA